AUGGGACCCGCGUGUAUUCACAAACAGCAGCAACAGCAGCAGCAGCAGCAUGUGUGUCGAUCAGCCGACUGGCCAACAAAGGAUACACGCGGCCCCUACGCCCAAAGAGGCGUGAUGGAUCAACAGACACCCAAUUCACCGCAGUCUGAACGGAAUGCAAACGAGACUUUAGCCAGUCCUUCUACACGGACGGGGAGUUUUUCCCACCGACAGCAGCGUCAUGUGGUUCCGACAGUGAAUAUCGCCGACUUUGAUGUUGCUGGAGAUAGAAGUGCACCGGAUACCAUCUCACACAACAGUGGAGGUCAGACAGUGAGUGUUUUUUCUUACUUAAAUCUUGAAGUGGAUCAUUGGUAUAAGUUGAAUGAUUGGGUUCUUAAAACUUAA